UUAGGUAUUUUUGGCUGACCGAGAAAAGGGGAGUGUGGGCUCAAAGCGCCGGGAAACGACUCCAGGUGCACGAAAGCUGGAACGUGGCGGCUCGCGUGCUGCCGCCACAACAACGGUAAAACGGAAGUCCUCCCGCGCAGCUCGGCGUCCGGGCGGAAACAGCAUUCUUCUCGGAGCUGAGGCCCCGAAGCUUCGGGCUUGGGCGGCCUCGGGCUUGGCUGCUGGGAGCUAAGGGAGCACCCUCAGCUGGUAAGAGGGAGGAGGGGAACUUGGCGCGUACCUCCCGCCGGGCGGGAGAGCUGGAGCGCACUGCCAGCCUUGCCGCAACGGUUGUGUUAAUGCCUCGGAGCAGCAUAGGUCUCCCGACGGAAAGGUUCGUUUCCUUACCCGACAUUUAAACAUGGAUAAAUACGCCGCCUUCCAGGGUAGUCCUGUUUCCCUGGAUCGCAGAGCGCCUUUUUGCUUCAAGACGUUAUGUGAUGCUCCCAGUUUCUGAAUUCUGAUACGCUGCUGGGCAUAAUAUUUAAACACAAAGGUGUUAAUUUCCUUUCUUCGUAGUUGGGCCGGAAAUAAGAUUCUUUCUCUUGCAGGUAUUGAUGUUGAGUAUACCUUUUUAGCAUAUUAAAAUGGCUGUACCCAAAACCGCCAUCCCCUCCUUGUCGGAAUGCCAGUGCCGCAUCUGUGUGGAAAUCCUAAUCGAGCCCAUAACACUGCCUUGUAACCACACGCUCUGUAACCCAUGCUUCCAAUCGACUGUCGAAAAGGCGAGUUUAUGCUGUCCCUUCUGUCGCCGCCGGGUCUCUUCGUGGACCCGAUACCAUGCCCGAAGAAAUUCUCUUGUCAACAUGGAACUGUGGGAAUUAAUCCAAAAACACUAUCCAAAGGAAUGCAAGCUUAGAGUUUCUGGGCAGGAAUCAGAGGAAAUCGUUGAUGACUAUCAGCCAGUUCGCUUAUUAAGUAGACCCGGGGAAUUGAGAAGAGAAUAUGAGGAGGAGAUAAGCAAGAACAAUUUCUGUGAUGGAAGUGUCUUGGCUUCUCCCUUGAAUUCCAGAAAAUCUGAUACAGUCACAACCAAGUCUCAGAAGAAAAGUAAGAACAAACAAACAAACACUGGAGAUAUUCAUAAGUAUUUGUCACCUAAAUCUCAGUUUGGGUCAGCAUCACAGUAUGAAAUUGUACAAGAAAGGAGGAAGGACUCCACGUCUAAGGAAACUGACAGUAGUGUUGUAAAGAGCCCUACAUGGCAAGAUACAGAAAUUGAGGAAGACAUGCCAACACUUUCUCAGCAAAUAUGCAUGGAAAUUCAAGAACAGGGUGAAAAGUCUUUAGAGUCACCUAUGCCUCAGUUAUGUGCCAAUGGUAGUGAAUGGUGCCUUGAAGGAAAAGUCAGAGUGAGACCAACGAAUCAUGAUAAAGAGUUAAGUGUCCUAAAUCAUGAGGGACCUGAAGGCAGAGUUCCCUGCUCUGGGGAAGCUGCAGUUAAGCCUUAUGGCAAAACAGAGAGUGGGUGCACUAUAUCAGGUAUGACACAGAUAAUUGGAAGUAAUACAGUUGAGACAGAAAAUGAAGAGUCUUGUCUAUCGAUCAGUAAAGAUAUUUCCAAAAGAAAAAAUCCGGAAUCUCUGUCUGAAGUGGUCAGGGAUCCAUGCGUUUCUGCAAAAAGAAGGAAAAUGUUCCCCGAAGCUUCCUCAGACCAAGAGGAAACAGAAAUCAACUUUACCCAAAAACUGAUAGAUUUGGAACGCUUACUUUUUGAGAGACAUAAACAAGAAGAACAGGAUAGGUUACUAGCAUUACAGCUUCAGAAAGAAGUAGAUAAGGAACAAAAGAAGCCAAACCGGCAAAAAGGAUCCCCAGAUGAGUAUCAUUUACGUCCUACAUCUUCACCUCCAGACAAAUUGUUAAAUGGACAGAGGAAGAAUUCCAAAGAUAGGAACUUCAAAAAACAGACUGAUAGAGAGCAUUCAAAAUCUCGGAGAGGCUCAAAAAAUGAAAAUUGGCAGCCGUCCUUUAAGAUCCAGGUGAAACAUUCAGUUAAUGUUAAUGGGAGAAAGAUGCCAAAUUCUUCUAGAGAUAAUUGUAAUGUAUCUAAAAGUUCCCUACAGCCUAGUAAGUCACAGAAAAGUAUUUUUCAGAUGUUUCAGAGAUAUACAAAGUAAUGCAUCGGGAGAAGGAGUGUUUUAUAAUCUAGUAAAACUGGAUUAUGAAGCUCUUUUUUCUGUCAUAGACUCUUUAUAAUAGUUACACUCAUCGUCUAUAAAGGACUGUGUGAUUACAAGGGAGGACUAUAUAAAUGUGUUUCUGCCAAACUCAGUGGUAAGCAGGAGUCCCAAUCCUUUGCUUUUUUAAUAACUGUGAUGUACUAAGUUUGACAAUCCUUAUGGAUAUAAAAACGCCUUGGUGAACUCCCAA